UUUGAAAGGACGACAUUCAGAAGUCUUACAAGACUAUUUCUUUUUUAAUUUGCUUGUUUGUACUUUUAUUGUUUCUGUUUAACAUUAACGCUUGAGAGGGUUGGAUUAAUUGGAUAUAAAUAAUUCAAAAUGGCGGAUUCUGUGAAAAGUAACAUAGCACUCAGCCUGUCGUACAUUCGAGACCCCAAGGCCAAAGUGCGGGAGCUAUGUACGUAUGCCGGCCAGGUUGAGGUAGAGCCAUCAGUUCCAGCAAGAAGAUACCUAAGAUCAGGACUGGAGAUGCUCAGGAUGGCUAAAGUGUACAAAGAUGAAGGGGAGUAUGAAAGUGCAUUCAUACUCUACAUGAAGUUUAUCACAUUGUUCGUAGAGAAGCUUCCCAGACACCCAGGCUACAAGGAAGCACCACCUAAAGAUGUGGCAAACAUUAAACAAAAAGUGAAGGCAGUAUUUCCAGUUGCCGAAGAAAUUAAAGCAAAGCUGACAGCGCAUUUUACUGCGAUUGAAAAGAAAAGACAAGAAGAGGAGAGGAGAGAGGCCGAGGAACUAGCAAGAGAACAAGAAAGACUUCGUCAGGAGGAAGAGGCUAGGAGAAGAGAAGAGGAGGAGAGAAGCAAAAAACUGCGUGAACAAUCGGAGGAACUAUGGUUACGAGAACAGGAAGAAAAGUUUCGUCAACUUCAGGAGAGGGAAAAAGAGAAACAGAGCGAUAAAGAUCGUGCAGACCCCAAUAUUUUACUUGUCGAUGUUCCUUGUCCAAAUCGACCGUCGUCUGGAUUAAACAAUGAAAGAGGAAGCAUGCCUUCUGGGAGUUUAAGUUUCAUACCAAAUGAUUUACGUCAGGGCCAAAGACCGAAGUUGGAAAAGAAUUUGUCUCUUGAUUACACAUCAAAUAUUCCUGAUAGAGAGUUGAAAAGGACUUUGACCAUUAGUGAUGUCCCAAGGCCUGAUGUAGACCGUACAACCAAACCGGUGGACCAUUUCUUGAGUACAGGGGUGUCUGGAACCAACAAAUAUGGUCUGAAGAAUGUGGUCAUCCCACGGGAUAUUGUUGUCAAGUUUAUGAGCAUCGCUGAACAAAACACCAGGAGAAAUAUUGAAACUUGCGGGAUCCUAUCAGGCAAAAUGGAACGUGGGUCGUUUUUCAUCACACAUGUGUUGGUGCCGAAGCAGACGGGAACUCCAGACAGUUGCAAUGCGGAGAAUGAGGAAGAUUUAUUUGACUUUCAGGAUUCCAACGACCUUAUCUCUCUCGGGUGGAUACAUACCCACCCAACUCAGACAGCGUUUCUGUCAAGCGUGGAUCUACACACCCACUAUCCAUACCAGCAACUGAUGCCAGAGGCCGUCGCUAUUGUAGUAUCUCCAAAAUUUAAUGAAACAGGGGUUUUCAUGCUAACCCCGGACCAUGGUCUCCCAGAAGUGGCCCGAUGUACAAAAAGAGGCCAUCACGAACAUACCAAACACCCACCAGUGUUUGAGGCCUCCACCCAUGCGAAGUUUGUUGACGACAAAAGUAUUAUUCUGGUGGAUCUACGCAACAAAUGAAUCCCAGCCAACUGGCUUGAGAGCUGCUUUCUUGGAGAGCGUUAUUUUGAAUGCUGCUUUCUUGGAGAGCAUUAUCUUGGAGAGCAUUAUUUUGAAUGCUGCUUUCUUGGAGAGCAUAAACAUUAUUUAAAGUUGAACCUUGUUUUAGAAAGCUGGGCAUUUUCACUGGUCUUUGUAACAAAGGGUACACAUGUAUAAAAAUUGAUGUAUUAUCAUGGCCUUUAUGUUGUUUUUAUAAAAGAUGUCACAUGAACUUUUGUUUAUACAAGUCAAUAAUUUGAGAUAAUUUGACAUUGUUCUGUAUAAAAGGCAUAAUUUCUGUAUAUUUGGAAAAGAACCAAGCUUGCAUAACCAUAUUGGAUGAAGCAGUUUUGGCUGUUAAGAAAUACAUGUACAUCUGGACAAGGAUCAAGCUAGUGUAACCAUAUUUGAUGAGCAGGACUUUCGAGAGUUAAAGAUAGCAAAAUGGUGAACUUAAGUUAGUCUAACCGUAAAUUAUAUACAUGUUGCAGUCAUCAAAAUAUGUCUUUUGGAUUAGCAAGCCCAAGUCCUUAUACUUACUAAUCAAGUUUUCAGCUGGGCCCGUAUUUACUAACGCCCUUAGUUGGAGUUUGAGACUUUAGCUCAGAAAAACUAAAUUUUAAUUUUGUUGUAAAAAUUCUAUUACAGGAUCAAAAUAAUAUUGUCAAAUUUGCGUAUUUUUUACAAAUUAUCUGUUCUACAAUCAGGUGCUCAUCUUUUGUCAAAAUUAGUUAUAUUAUAGAUAUUUUGAAACAUUUAAUAAUCCAGUUUUCUGAGCCGGAGUAUAAUGAAGUAAGUGAAUACAGCUCAGGGCCCCAGGGCUUGUGCUAAUUUCGACCAAUGAUGUUGCUUCGAUCUUUUGUCUAUGUGCAAUAUUGAUGACUACUUGUAUUCGCUAGUCAAUACACAAUGAACAGGCUUGAAUGUUAUCAUUCAUAUACCAUACCUGUACAUUAAACUCCACACAGCGGUUACUGCCCUUUACAGUAACCACUGCCAUUACGCAAAUUACAAGAUGAUGAUUACUGUAAAAUCAUCUGACGUCAUUUUAAUGUUCUGUCAUUUGAAAUAAAAUACCAUUUUUAUCUUUGAAAACAACGUUAUUUUAUGGAACUUAAUAAAAUAAAUAGGCAUAAAUAAGUUUUGACCCCAGGACAUUUAUACCAAAUAUUAUUUACCUCAUUUUCUUUGUGAAUUAUUUUCAUGCAUUAAAGCUGCACUCUCACAGAUUGAUUGUUUUGACAACUUACCUUUAUUUUUGUCUUGGAAUGAGCCAAUUUUUAAGUAAAUGUCUGGAAACCAGUUCACAGUUUUUAUAUUUACGUUCAUAUUUACGUUUGAAAAUUGAAGUUUUAUGGCUAAAAGCUGUAUGAAAAAUUAAAAUUUUGGCCGUUUACCAAACAAUCCAGAUCUGUUCUAUUAUGAGUUAUCUUAUAUGUUUGAAUUGAAGGCACUGAUGCUAAAAUCAGCUGAUUAUGAGACAAAAAAAACUGCCAUUUUGUGAGAGUGCAGCUUUAAAGAAGAAUUUCAUUAUCUAAUGGUAGAAUAAGAUUUUUGCAUUUACUUACAACUUACAAAUUGCAUAUUCUUUUGAAUUAUGAUUGUGGAAUUAUGUUAAAAACAGUUUUGAUUGUGUUUGUAUGGAAUUGAAUUUUGCAUUUAGUUUGAGUGAAAUAAUUUUAAAUAAUAAGGUAAUUCAUUAUCAAAAUAUGAAAUAUUGUUUCUCUCAAGCAUUUACAUUACUUUCUUGGCAAAUAGUACCCAUCAUAUUUCAAUAUUUUACAUUUCUUGCAAAAAUACCAACCAUCUUCAAAUAUGUAACUUUUAUGGGAAUAUUACCGUACAAAUCAUUUUUCAAUAUUUCAUUAUUUUUUUGGGAAUAUUACCAAUCGUUUUUCGAUAUUUCAUUUUUUCUUGGGAAUAGUACCAAUCGUAUUUCGAUAUUUCAUUUUUUCUUGGGAAUAGUACCAAUCGUAAUUCAAUAAUUCAGUUCUCUUACAAAUAUUACAAACCAUAUUUCAAUUCUUUCAAUUUUCAUGCUAAUACGGUAUUACCAUUCAUAUUUCAAUUUCUCACUUUUCCUGCGAAUAGUACCAGUCAUAUUUCGUUUGUAAUUAAGUCAUUUACAACAACGCCAUAGUAUAAUUUUGUUAUAAUUUAUUGUGCAGUUGUUUAAGGGGUAUAAAUAGGAACAAUAAUUUAGCUAGCAUAAUGAAAUAGAAUCAUGCUCUGUAUUGUUGCAUAGCUUCAGUGAUAUAGACAUAUUGAUUGCUCAGUUUUAUUGCUACAUUGUGUUGUAAUUAUAUUGUAAUUAUUAUUGUCCAGUAACAUACUAACACUUAUUCAAUAUCCAUCUUACCGGUAGGUUGAAAUUAGGUUUAAGAUAAGAAUCUAAGUGUUUUGAUUGGCCUGUAUAUUUAGCUGACCAAUUGGAUGAAUGGAAUCACUGAGGCAUGUCUAAGGAAAAGGAUAAGAUCAAUAUUGAAUACUGGCCCAUAUAUGGUGCUUAGGCUAUAUAUAAAAAAUCGACAAGUUUUGAGCCUGCCCCUGCAAGGGCUCGAGCCAAGUUCUUGCUGUCCGACCCAUGUCUAAUUUCAUUUAAGUCAAUAAAUACACAUUAUUUUCAAAGUGCUUCAUACUUAUUGUAAAGGGUUUUACAUCGUUGCGAAGUAUUGCCAAUUACAUCAUUAUUUCUGGUGCCAUUUUACUGGUUCUUCUUUAUCUGUUUGUGUUUGUAUCACAUCAAAGAUACAAAUACUACUCCGACUCAAACCAGUACACAGACAAUUCAAUAUUUAAUGUGUGAUAUCAAACUUUGCAUGUUUUUUCAAUACAAGGUUUUCAUAUAGUGUAAACUGUUUAUUAGAAUGAUGUAUGUUGUUGUUCGGGCAAGCAGACUGCGCAUCAAACUUACCUAUGAAACUGAAUAACUUAAGGUAGGGUCAACAAAUUGUGAUCAAACUUGUUACCUAGGAAGAAUUUACGGAGACUUGCAGCAAUUCUCGGACUGUUCUUGAUGAAGGUCUUGGGCCCUAGUUUAGCUCAUUUUAGACAAUUUUCAAGUCAUUUAAAGAUAUCAUAUAUGUGAUCUACUGUACUCUCCACUGACACAUUCAACUCAAAAUCUAUUUUACUAUCAAAAGGGGUUUUAAAUAGGGCACUGCAAUAAAGGGAAAGGGUGCUAGAGAUUAAACAAGCACAUUGUACUGGGCGGUGAAGAACAAGUUUAUAACAGAAUGAAGCUAAGCUCGUUAUAUUUGUUUUUGGUAUACCGUUAUCUUUGUUUUUGGUAUAAUUUGUGUAAUAUUCUUUCUUUAAUGAAACUUGUAAAUUAAAAUAUUUUUUAUGAUAAUCAUGAUAAAAAAAUACAUUUUGUAAAAUAAAAUGUGAAGUCCUUGCUAUAUGAAAUAAGUGACUGAACUCUUUGAUCCAUAAAUGCCAAUAUCUACAUUGAUAAGCAGGUUCAUAAGUAUUAUUAUAUUGUUGAAACGUAUGUAUCCAUACGUUCCAUUCUGUCAUAGACAUUGAUAUCACUGAUAUCAAAGAAAUGAUUUACCCACAAUCCUUUGGGCAUGUUCAGCAUAUAAUUUUUUUUGAUCAAAAGUAAUUGGAGAUCUGGAUUAUUUCCGUUAGCUCUGCUUUUAAUUGGUUAUAUAAUUAAGUUAUAUAUGUCCAUGAUUCUGAGAAGAUUGUAUCUUUAAUUUUGUACUAUCUGUAUUAUCUUCAGUCUUUCUUGCUAAUUUGUUACUUAUUAUUCUCUUAUAAUGUAUGUAUACAUUAAUCUUUGUUGGUAAUAAAUAUUGUUUGAUCUUA